AUGGGCUCCAAGAUAUUCGCUCCACUCGUAUGUUACUUCGCACUUGUGGUAGUCAGUGUCUUUCCACAUGGUCAUCAUGGGCAUGAUCAUGGGGGUCACAGUGCUUCCAGUCAUGCUUCAGUGCAUUUAGUGUCACACGACGAUCAUCAUCUCAAAGAGCAGAGUGAACACCGUAAAGGUGAUAAGGUAUCCGAACAUUAUGAACUGAUUGAAGCGGAUGGUCACAAGAGAACUGUGCACUAUACGGCUGACAAGCACAGUGGUUUCCAUGCGGUGGUACACCGUGAACCCACACACCAUCAUGUAGCUGAUCAUGGACACACCAGCUACCAUGGUGGACACGCCGAGGUUGAAUCGCACGAUGGUGGAGAUGAUGGUGGGGAUGAUGGCUACGGUCAUGAUUAUGGACACGGUCAUGACCAUGGUCACGAUCAUUCUAGUGGCUUUUCAAUCAAACAAGAACAGGUACAUCAUCAUGGUGGACAUGAUUUCGGUGGACACGGUGGACAUUAG